GAAAGUGAUUCCUGCAGAUUCCUGCAAUUGCAAAAGUGCCUCCGCGGCCCCCCAAGCUGGUGCGAUGGGAGAUUCCCUAGCCCGGCCCCAGAUGGGAUGGGCGGGGGCAGAAGCCAAGGGGUGGGGGGGUUUGGGCUACCAAGAUCAUAUGACCCGGCGGGAAGUUGCACUUCCUGAAUCUCGCAGCCCUUGUCUUCUCCCAACGCGCGCUGCAAAGUGGCCGUGCGGCGCCCUCGGUGGCCGCCUCUGCCCAGGUGGGGCGCCAGCCCUGCUCUCCCCACACCCCGCGAUGGGGCGCUGCGGCAGCCCUCCUGGGCCCUUGCUGGCCCUCCUCGCGACCUGGCUGCUGCUGGCCACCACCACGGCGGCCGCAGGAGGGAGCAGGGGCAACAUCGUCCUGAUCCUGACGGAUGACCAGGACGUAGAGCUCGGAGGGAUGAUUCCCAUGAAAAAGACAAAAACGCUCAUUGGUCAGUCAGGUGCCUCCUUCACCAACGCCUUCACAGUGGCCCCACUGUGCUGCCCAAGCCGAAGCAGCAUCCUGACCGGCUGCUACCCUCACAACCACCUGGUGAGGAACAACUCCUUGGAGGGCAACUGCAGCAGUUUCCUCUGGCAGAAGUCCCAGGAGCCCUUCACCUUCCCCGUGUACCUCCAGAAACAAGGCUACCAGACCUUCUAUGCUGGCAAGUAUCUCAACCAGUACGGAGAUCCCAGCGCAGGAGGCGUUGAGCAUGUCCCCAUGGGCUGGAACCAAUGGCUGGGUCUGGUGGGGAAUUCCAAGUAUUAUAACUAUACCCUUUCAGCCAAUGGACGUGAAGAGAAACAUGGCGCCAUCUACGAAGAAGACUAUCUCACCGACCUCCUCACGAACCGGAGCCUCGAAUUCCUGGAGAAGCAAUCUCGCCGUCCGUUCCUCAUGGUGCUGGCCCCGCCCGCCGCCCACUCCCCAUGGACCGCAGCCCCCCACUACAAGUCAGCCUACAACAACGUCAAAGCACCCCGAAAUGGGAGCUUCAAUACCUUUGGGAAGGACAAGCAUUGGCUGGUGAGGCAAGCCAAGACGCCCAUGCUGAACACAUCCAUUGACUUCCUGGACGGUGUCUACAGAGCCCGGUGGCAGACACUGCUGUCUGUGGACGACAUGGUGGAGAAGGUGUUGGGCCGCCUAAACUCCCUCAGCCUGCUGAGCAACACUUAUGUGUUCUAUACCUCAGAUAAUGGGUACCACACAGGUCAGUUUUCUCUGCCCAUUGACAAGCGGCAGCUUUAUGAGUUUGACAUCCGGGUGCCGCUGCUUGUGCGAGGCCCAGGCAUCAAACCGAAUCAGACCCGUCAGGAACCUGUCCUCAGUAUUGAUCUUGGACCCACUUUCCUGGACAUUGCAGGAGUCAAUGUGUCUCAGACCCCCAUGGAUGGCCAGUCUUUCUUGCCCCUGCUGGUGAACAAGGCACACAGUAGCAACUGGCGGGCAGAUUUCCUGGUGCAGUAUACAGGAGAGGGCUCUACCAGCAAAGACCCCCACUGCCCAUCUUUGGGACCAGGAGUAUCACAAUGCUUCCCCGACUGCGUGUGUGAGGAUGCCUUCAAUAACACCUACGCCUGCGUGAGGAUGCUGAGCCCUCUCGACCUGCAGUACUGCGAGUUUGCUGAUGCGGAGACUUUUCUGGAAGUCUAUAAUCUGACUUCAGACCCCCACCAGCUCCUCAACUUGCACAAGAUGGUGGACCCUUCGCUGCUGGAGCAGAUGAAUCGGAGGCUGAUGAAGCUGCAAGCUUGCUCUGGGGCCAGCUGCCGCUCCUAAGGAUUCCUGCCGCUGCCCUUGCUCCGGGACUGUGUCAAGGGACCCGGGAGUUCCUCGUGGGCCCCCCUCUCAAUUUCUAUUGGCCUCGCCGCUUCCUUUCCCCACUGCUGAUCCAGCAGUUUACCUGUUCUAGGAACAGCAAAUUAUUUGCUGGAGGGUCACAGUGAUAGGAGGAGACUGGAUGGGCAAGCCAAAACUCUGUCCCCGGAAAAAUGAUUUGAUGGCCAGCCCCAUUGCCACCUUGUUUUGCUCACCCACACCCUCCUUUUGCCUCCUGGAGUUGGCAAUUAUUAGGCCAGAUUUCACCACUUGGGGCCAGGCUGGUCCCAGAAGCUGAGAAUUGCUGAUGUCCUCCAUAGCCAGGUAGGGAUGGCCCUGACUUACCUGGGAGGUGAUAUUGGAUUCCCCCCCCCAUGUCUGCCUACAAUCCUCAGGCUCCUGUUCCAUGCCACAAUAUUUGCCCCCAACUCUUCCUUUUUCUCCCCGUGAGAUCUGGAGAUUCUGUUUGUCCUUCCAAAGCUCUCCACUUAGAAGUGUUGAUUCACUCUGCCUUUAGCCUGCUGUGACUUUGGAAGGUGCUGCCUAAUUCCAGCACCUGUGGUUCUGUGCCUUAGUACUGUGAAAAACAAUGGAAUAAAGGGCUUUGUUUUUAGGA